UAAGAGCAAGGAUGUCUAAGAACUUCUUCUCGUUUGUCCGCUUGCUUGUGCUAAUACUUGGCUUUGUAACUAUUUGUUUAGGAGCCUUUUGCAUCUCUACAAGCACUUCUGCAUGUAAGUGCAACAGUUUGCCGCUUGCGUAUUUUCUUCUACCAUUAGGAUUCUUCUUUCUCAUUGCUGGGAUCUUCUGGAGCACCUAUCAUGAAGCCAGCAAGCACAACAGCUUGUUCCACAGCAUUAUACAUGGGAGUCCUAGACUUGAAGAAAGUCACAUCACGACCAUAGAUAGGCCUGAUUUCUACCCACCCUCCUACGAAGACAGCACCGCUCCAGGAAAGCAGACGUUCUCACUCCCAGCCUGCUCAUUGGAGCCAAAGAACUAUUCUUAUAACAUACCUCCACCUUUGUACACAAAAAGCUGCUUCGAAUUCAUUGAGGAAACCAGUGCUCAGGAGCAACAGCCACCUUCCUAUGAAGUCUCUGUGCAGCAACGAGCCACAGGAAACGACCCAACAUUUGGAGAGGCUUCUGACGCACCUCAGCCAUAGAGCAAUGGCUAAGAAGAUGGGCUGUCCAAGGACUGAAGAAGAUAAGCCAUGACUGUUCUUCUGGGACACGGACAAUGUUUAGGCAUUGUGUGUAAAGCCUUGGUGAGGAGGUGCGGAAAGGACAGUGUGGUUCCAUUACCAGGCACUGGGCACAGAUGAGGGAGCAUUCAGUGGCAUUCAGAAAGGUUGAGUCAGAAAUAACAUGGUCUUUGUGACAGGAAUAAGCCACAGGUGUUGCUGGUUUUAGGAAUGAUGAUGAAUUCAGCCCAACAUUGUUGGUUGAUGGAUGAAAACAACUGAGUCUUCUUGAGGAUCUUACAAAAGUUGUAUUCUGCCUGUAUUAAGCAAUGCUUGCAGGAGCCCGUGCCAUCUUCUGAAUAGCAGCAGGCAUGGCAAGAGGCAAUGAGUAAAUGAAGAAAUUUAAAGCUUCAACGUAGUGAGGAACAUGGGAAAUAUACAUACAACAAAGCAGGGACAGUUACAUUAGCUUUCAUCAAUUCAGUGCCUUUCACGUGUGUUUGACUUCAACUUCCACACUCUGUCAGAGGUGCACAGUCUUUUGGGAACUGAAGUUCAACACAUCAGAAGAGCACCAGACUGGAGGAGGUUAUGUUACUGUAAAUAUCCUAUUUUUGGCAUUCAUAAGGGAGAUGAAAGGCACUUUCCAAAAUUAAACUCCUACGCUCUUUUAGUGUUCUGCAAGCUUUUCUCUGCACCAAGAGAUGAACAGGUCCAGCUGAAAUGACCAAAGAUUUGAUUUACCAGUUCCUAUUCUACAGUUUGAGUAUUUAAAAAACCCUUUGAUUUUAACGUUUACCAUUUCAUUGAAAUUGAAUUUAAACAUCUUAUCUGAGUUGUAGUUUGGUCUUGCAUUGUUGUUUCCAUGUUUGAAUUAUUGUGCUACUAUUGCGCAGUAUCUGGGAUACAGGAAACUAAGUUACAAUGGAGCCCGCAAUCGCACAAAAAUAUGAAGACAAAGCAUAUUCUGGAUAAAAU